AUGGGCGUGGCCUGCAGAAGCUGGUAGUCAGUGAGGGGGGGGCGGUGCUUGUUGCCUGGUGACCGCUGCAGGGCGUCUCUUCCCGGGCUGAGCUGGAGCGGAGGAGCCGCUGACGGAGCCGGAGGUCGGAGCGGGGAGGAGCGGAGCCGGAUCCCCGGGGCAGGGGCAGCAUGGAACGCUCUCACCGCGCGAACGUGCUGGUGACCUCGUGUCUGAAGACCCCCGUGGACCCCCACACUAAAGCCCCCGUGGCUCUGUACGAGCGGGAGAACGCAGCCCGCCGCCCGGAUAACCGACACUAUGAGAAAGAGUUGGAGUACGACUCCGGCUCAGAGCUGGGGGCCGUGGACCCCCCGGUUAAAAACAGCAGCCCCCUGCUGAUUAAAGACUACCGGGUAACGGGGGAUCACAUUGACCUGCGGGAGUUCUACUUCUCUAACGAGGAGUACUACCGCAAACUGGAGCAGCUGAAGAAAGCCCACCUCCGCACCAUGGCCGAACUGGAGCUCAUGUACCGCAAGAAGCUGGAGCUGAAGGGCGUGGCCCCUCUGCACAGCCCCGAGAGAGCCAAUCAGCUGCAGUGGGGCGGGCCCAACCUGCUGCUCCCAGGCAACUUGAAGAAGGCCCACUCCGCCCACGAGCUCAGAAGAGGCUCCGCCCUCUUAGACACCGACGAGGAGGAGUGUGCCGCUGAUGACGACCAGGGUGACCAUAGCAACCCUUGCAAUGAAAAAGGCCUCCUUCUUUCACCCAAGGAGCGCAUCAAGAACAUGUGGCAGGACUUUAGUGUGGACAAAUUAUCUCCACGGCAGCGACACCUUUCCGCAACAUCCACUCAGAGCCACCCGGGAGACCGCCGAGCGGCAGCACGGAAUAGGGUCAGGACCAGAGCUCACAAAUCAAAGAAACGCAGACAGACAGCUGAGAAGGAGAUCUGGCGUCCGCAGGUGACGGUGCCCAAACCUUUCCGCAUGAUGCUGCGGGAGGCGGCACUCAAGAGCAAGGGUGUCAAAUCUCGCUCGGAGAUCGAGCGGGAGAACACAGAACUUCGGCAACAGCUUGAAGAGCUGACCGAGUGCCAACGGAAGUUUCGGGCCAGUCCUGUGCCGGCCCACGUUCGGCUACCUCUCUACGAGGAGCUUCAGGAGAAAGACGAGGAGCGACGGCGCCAACUGCGAACCAGGGAACAGCAGCACCUCCUUAGCAUCACCCAGAAACCCUUCAGCUUCUUGGAGCGGGAGCGCUUGAAGAAGGAGCAGAAGGAGGUGCAGCUUCAAGAGCAGAUGCUCCUGAUCUCCAAGGAAGAGGAGGAGCGGAGGAGACGCCCGUUUAGGGCCAAACCCGUCCCCAAGGUGGUCAAGGAGGCGGCAACCGGCGAGUUGCAAAAAGAGGAGCAGCUCUACCGCUCUAUCAAGAUGCAGAUGCGAGCGAGGGAGUUGCUGCAGAGCUCCUCAAUGCCUCCUAGUAUGCUAGCAAAGCGGCUCAGCGAUCGACAAGCGCAGAAAUCCGCCUCCCAGAACGACCAAGAGGCCGAACAAAGCCACCGACCCAAAAUAAACGCCCAGGUUCCCGACUUCGAUGCCACCUACAAGCGAUUCCAGAACCAACUGGCUAGCAAGCGGGAUCUUCGGCCCUUGACGGCCUGUGAACCCUUCCAGUUGCGUACUGCCAACAUCGCCUCACACAAAGAACGUGUCAUGGCUGAGAUCGAAGCAGAGAGGAAGAGCCCUCGGGCAAAUCGAUGGCCCUUCGUCGCUCAAGCCGCCUUGUCGCCUCAAACCCCCUCGUCCUCUGUCUGCUCAUCACUGUCGGGGAGCCAGGAGUGCCUACAGUCCAAAAUCACGGAUGCAGCCAAGAAACGGCAGGAGGCCAUUAGGAAACUUCUAGAGCAGAGGAAGAAGGCUGAGGAAGAGGAGGAGCGAUGGAAGGAGAGGCAGCGGCAGAGAGAGAGGAAGCUGCAGAAGGUGAUAACCAAGCGAGCUCAGGCCAACGAUCCCCACGUGACCCUAGCACAGACCUGCCAGUCCAAACUCAAAGAGUUCAGGAAGCAGGAUUUGCAGAGGCGCAAAGAGUAUCGAGAGGAGAUGAAAGAAAUUCAUGAGAGAGUAAAGAGCAGACCCCUGCUACUGGAGCAGAUAGCACAGAUGAAUGCUAAGCAGGCAGCAGAGAAGCGCUACUCUAAAGCUUUGCGUGGGUGUGGUCUGAAUGAAGCCUUCAUCAGCAGUAAAGCAUCCAGGAGCCCAGAACACACACGAGACUCCACCCCCAGCGACCUGUCCGACAGAUACACUCCACACACACUCAGAGACCACCAGGACCCCACCGACCUGGCUGACGUGGCUAGCGGUGAAGAGUCUUUACCUGGUGAUUAUCCUGCUGAUUACGACGACUACGAGCAGGACAUCGAGGCUGAAAUGAUGGACGGAGAGAACGAGAAGGAGGAAGAGGAAGACCAGAGCGACCCUGAACAGGAGGGAGAGGAUCAGCGCUCCUAUGAGGAUGAUGAAGAUCUGGAUUACGCUGAUGAAGGUCAGGACAAUGAAGAUGAUGAUGAAGGGAGUGACCUGAGCCACCACAACACUAAGAGCCGAGAGGAGGGAGGAAGACCAUGCAGUGCUUCAGGAGAUGGAGGGAGGAAGAGUGAGGAUGAGGAAAGCAGGCAGAGCAGUCGGGCCUCCUCCAGAGAACAGGACAGAGACUGAGAGGAGUGACUCUUUAGCACCCCUGGUGGUGGAGGUGUUUUAUUUUUGUUUUUGAUCAUUUUGAUGAACAUUUUGAAGAUUAAAUAUAUGUUACGUUAUUAACUAUAUAUGUCCUAUACAGCCAACUACUACAGAGAUAAUAUAUAUAAGCAUUUAUAGUAUGAUGCUAGAUUAUAAGUGUAUUAAUUUGUGUUUCAUAUUCUUUUUGGCUUGAUAUCAAUUUCAAUGUAAUAAAGCUCUUCCCAACUGGGUGCUUUCAUGGUG